AUGAAGGUGGAGGAUAAGGAGGCAUGGCUUUGCAUGGCGAAAGAAAUCUCUCCACUUGCUUCCUCUCCACCGCCGCGCACAGUGCACCGCGGAUCCGUCUUUUACAUUUUACAACACGCUUGCGAGCCUUGUCCUGCAUCCAGUCAGCGACGUGUUCCGCACUACUCGGAGGGUGUGGGGAGUGACCGACCACAAGAGUACGUAAAGAGGAGGAAGAAAGAGGAAAAGAGCUCAAGAUACAAAGCAAAGAAGAAGAUAAAAGAGGUCUUCGCCGCGAAGAUGCUGGCAGCAGCCGGUGUGUUGGCUGUGGUCGCUCUGGGUUUGAGCGCAGCUCACUCCAAAGAUCUUAAGGCUGUCUUUGACACCGUUUGCCACUCCUCACUGUGGUGUAUCCUGCCGUCCCUCGGAGAACCACCUAAGAUUGUUCCCCUGAUCUGUGAACAUAUCUCCAGAAUGUCCCUUGGCUGCUACCAAAUAACUGACCUGGAGUACGCUGAUGACACCAUCUUAUUCAGCACAUCCAACAGUCUGCUGAAUCUAAGCAUAUACAGUGAAGAGGCAAAGAAGCUUGUCCUUAAUGUGGGCUGGACAAAAACUAAGUUCAUUUCAUCACUCAUGUUUCCUACUUUGUCUUCCACAGUGAAUAAACACAAGCCAUGGAUUGAGACGUCAUAUCAUGGGGUAAUCACGGAAAACACUGAUGUUGUUCUACUCGAUCCUCCGCUGGUAGCCCUGGACAAGGACGCACCCAUCCCUUACGCAGGGGAGAUCUGUGCAUUCAACAUCCAUGGAUUGGAGGCGCCAUUCGAGGCAGUGGUGCUGAACGGUACGUCUGGGGAGGGCCAACUGCGGGCGCGUGGCCUGGUGGACUGUGAACUGCAAAAGGAGUACACCUUCAUUAUUCAGGCUCAUGACUGUGGUUCAGGCCCAGGGGGCACAGAGGGCAAAAAGUCUCACAAGGCAGUGGUCCAUAUUCAAGUCAACGAUGUCAAUGAGUUUGCACCAGUGUUCCGAGAGCCUCAGUACCUGGCUGCAGUGACAGAGGGCAAAAUUUAUGACAACAUCCUCCAAGUGGAAGCCACUGAUCAGGACUGUUCACCUCAAUACAGCCAGAUCUGUAACUACCAGAUCACCACAACUAAUAUACCGUUUGCAAUAGACCGCAAUGGCAACAUCCGAAACACAGAGAAGCUGAGCUAUGACCAAGAACAGCAGUAUGAGAUCCAGGUGACGGCCUGGGAUUGUGGCCAAAAGAAAGCCUUGCACAGCGCCCUCGUCCGAAUUGACGUCAAGCCUGUCUGCAAACCCGGUUGGCAAGGUUGGAACCAACGAGUUGACUAUGAGCCAGGAACCGGAAGUAAACCGUUGUUUCCUAAAAUGCAUCUGGAGACCUGUGGUGAGCCGCUGUCAUCUGCAAGAACUACAGUGGAGCUGUUGACCAGUCACAUCGGGAAGGGAUGUGACCGUGAGACCUACUCUGAGAAAUCCCUACAGAAACUAUGUGGGGCUUCAUCGGGUAGCACUGACCUUUUGCCUGCUCCCUCCGCUGCCACUAACUGGACAACUUCACUGAUGACGGACAGCGGGAGAGACAGUGACUUGAUAUUCAGGUUUGAUGGUCACCAAGCGGCUAAAAUCCCAGACUGGGUAGUGCCCCAGAACUUGACUGACCAGUUCACAAUCGCAACUUGGAUGAAGCAUGGGCCUAGUCCUGGCCUCAGGGCUGAAAAGGAGACCCUUCUUUGUAAUUCUGACAAGACAGAGAUGAAUCGCCAUCACUACUCUCUGUACGUCCACAAUUGCAGACUUGUGUUCCUGCUAAGGAGGGACUUGACUCAGAUGGACACUUUUAGACCUGCCGAGUUCCACUGGAAAUUGGACCAGAUCUGCGACAAGGAAUGGCAUUAUUAUGUCAUCAACGUGGAGUUUCCAGCCGUGACACUCUAUGUGGAUGGAGUGACAUAUGACCCCUACCUGGUGACAGACGACUGGCCAAUUCAUCCAUCCCAGAUUGAUGUGCAGCUCACAGUUGGCGCCUGCUGGCAAGGUGGCGAGGUUACCAAGCCAAGGUUUACUCAGUUCUUCAGGGGCAGUUUAUCCGGAUUGACCAUCCGACCAGGAAAGAUUGAGAGUCAGAAAGUAAUUUCCUGUCUGCAGGCUUGCAAAGAAGGACUGGACAUCAACUCCCUUGAAAGCCUGGAUAAGAGCAUCAAGUUUCACUUCAACCCAGCUCAGUCUAUCCUGGUAAUGGAGGGAGAAGAUUUAGAAAACAUGAACACUGCAGUGAGGAAGGUCUCCUACAUAAACUCUCGACAGUUUCCCACCCCAGGAGUACGACAUCUUCGUAUCUCUGCAACUGUUCAGUGUUUUGGUGAAGAUACUUGUAUCACCAUCCCUGAUAUUGAGACAGUAGUAAUGGUGCUGCAACCCAACAAGCCCAGGAUAACCAUCACUGGAUUGGAAAGACAGAGUCGGCCUGCUUCUGACCUCAGGGGGCCAGGAGGUGUUGUGCUUUUCCGGCAGAUCCACAUCAUCAGCACGGUCAACAGGGUAGAUGAUGCUGCAGCCCAUAAUACAGACCAAAGACAAGGAAUUCUGGAGGAAAUCAUUCACAAUUUGGACUACUGCGAUAUCCUGGUGUUGGGGGAGGAGUUAAGGCCUGACCAGGAGUCACUCCAGCUACAGCGCAGCAUUCUUCUUGGAAAACACCUAGAUGCCACUAAUUCUACAUCUGGGUUGUCCAUAUAUGGUGUGGACUCAAUGGCCAACUAUGCAGAUGUGAUCCGGGAGGUGUAUUACUACAACUCGCGACCAGGAGAUCUAACCGAGAGAAGGUUCCGUCUUACAUGCUCGGAGCUCAAUGGACGCUACACCAGCAAUGAGUUUAACACAGAGGUGAGCAUCCUUCACAAUUCAGAGGUUCGAGAACAUGCCAGUCAAUUUGUGGCUGCACCUCAGCACAUGCAGUUAGUACACCAUUCCUACAUGAUUGAUGAACUGUACCCUGAGCAGACCUCAGGGAUGCCAAGUGCCGCCACAACAGUAAUUGUGAUGUGCAUUGCCGCUCUGGUGGUGGUGGUGGUGUUGGGCAUCUAUCGCAUCCAUCUAACCCACCAGCAAGAAGUCAAGCUGUCUGAGACCAGCAAUGAACAAGAUGGGACCUGGGACGACUCAUCCCUGACCAUUACAGUCAACCCAAUGGAGAAUCUGCAGGAUCUCCAGGCCACGGAGGACAGCGAGGAAGAGGAUGAAGAGGAAGAUGAUGAGGGAGAGGAGGAUGACAUCACCAGUGCGGAGUCAGAUGACAGUGAGGAAGAAGCGGAUGUCCAGCUGCCCAGGAUGCAGGGAACGAAGCACCUGGACUACAAAAAAACAUCUUAUUGA